CCCGUUGACGCAGCGAGCCAACACAGUUUCUAACCCCCUCACACACAACACACACUUCAUCUCUCUCUCUGUCUCUCUCUACUUUCCGAUCGGAGAUGGCGGCUUAUUCCGCCGUAGUUUCCUUAGAGAAGCAUCUGAAGCAGCUCCUCGACUCCGACCAAUUCCCUCUUCCUGAUCAAAAGCCACACCUCCAAUCCUUCUACCACACCAUCUUCACCUUGCAAAAAUCCGUCGAAACAAUCUUCCCCGCGCCCAAACAUCACCGACAAACCGCAUCCACCCUCGCAACCCUAAUCCGCGACGCAGCCUACCAAGCUCAAGACGCCUUCGAUUCCUUCCUCUCCGCCAAAUCCCCAACCUUCUCCUUCCCCGAAUUAACACACAAAAUCGACCCCAUCGCAUCUCAGGCGCAGACGCUCGCCGAUUCAAUCCGCAAAGAGAAAUCAAUCCUCGGCGCCGCCGCCGGCGCCGACAUCCCUCCGCCGCCCCGAUCCGACCUCGUCAGCCGCGCAUUCCGGAUCGUAGGGCAGGAGAGAGACAAGCAGCUCCUCACCGACGAGCUCACCAACGACGAGCACAGUCUCCAAAUCCUCCCGAUCUGCGGCAUGGCGGGAAUCGGUAAGACUACUCUCGCUCGAAGCAUUUACAAAGAUCGUACAAUCAUGAAUAGCUUCGGGUUUCGCGCUUGGGUCACCGUGUCACAGGAUUACCAAGUCGGUGAUAUUUUAGCUAGAUUGUUGAAUUCGAUGGAGAGUAGGGGCCGGAAAGCCGGAGAGAGAGUGUAUGAAGGCAGCGUUGAACAGCUUAGGGUUGAUAUGCAUCAGAGCUUGUACAAUAACAAAUAUCUAGUCGUGAUUGAUGAUAUGUGGGAUAUUACUACUUAUGAUAAUGUGAAGCUUUCGUUACCGGAUAAUAAAAACGGUAGUCGAGUUAUUCUCACUACCAGAGUUGCCAAAGUUGCUGAAACUGUGAAAUCUUCUAAUUUUUGCCAUAAGAUGCAGACUCUAGAUGAAGAAAACAGCUGGAUUUUGCUCUGUGACAGGGCGUUUGAGGGGAAGCCAUGCCCUCCUCACUUGGAGAAGAUCGGGAGAGGGAUCGCCGACAAUUGCCAAGGUCUCCCCCUCUCGCUAACCGUCAUCGGAGGCCUUCUCUCUCAGGAGAGGCAGACGGAGGAGUACUGGCAGACGAUUGAGGAGGACACGAAUGCUGCAGCUGCAAAAGGCGAAGAGGCCUACUCGGAGAUUCUGCUUUUGAGCUACAAUCACUUGCCUGGUCAGCUCAAGGGAUGUUUCCUUUAUUUAGGGGCAUUUCCUGAAGAUAGUGAUAUCCCUCUGUCUAAACUGUCGAAGCUAUGGAUUGCGGAGGGGUUUCUCGUGAUAACGAAGCACCAGAGGAGGCUGGAGAAGGUUGCGGAGGAGUACUUGGUGGAUCUCACCCAGAGGAAUCUGAUAUCAGUUCGCAAGGUUAGUUCGAGUGGGAGGAUUAAAACCUGUGGAUUGCACGACAGUCUGCGGGAUCUAGCUGCGAAGGAGUCAGGGACGGAGAAGUUCUUUCACUCCGUAAGGAGGUAUGCGAACGCUCAAAAAUUAGAGGAAGUUGCUAAGACUCAGAGGCGUGUGUCUGUUCAUAAAAACAUCCUCAUUUGCUUGAAGGAUGUUUAUCACAGCACGAAAUUGAUUUCAGAUGCAAGAACUCUGAUAUAUGCUGGAUCGCAUCAUCAUCAUCCGAUGCCCUUGUUUCUGACUUAUGAUCUGCUUAGGGUGUUGGAUGCUUAUACCGUUUACUUCAUCCGAUUCCCACAGGAAUUGGCUCAUUUGAUUCAUUUGAGGUACUUGUCGAUGACAUAUAAUGGGAAGCUUGCAUCAACAUUGUCCAAGCUUCAAAGUCUUCAAGUCUUGAUUGUUCGUAGACAGCCUAGAAUCAUAUUCGUUGGGAAAUCGUUUUUACCUGAUGAAUUCUGGGGCAUGCUGCACUUAAGGCAUCUUGUAAUGACAGAAACCGAUUUGCCCAAAAUACCAGAGACGACUCCUCUCUUUGCCAACCUUCAAUCUCUUACAGAUAUCAAUGCUGCUUCUUGCACCAGAGAGGUUCUUAAAAGGAUGCCUAAUUUGAAAAAGUUAAGCAUGUGGGUUGAGAAAGCGGGUGUGGUAAGCCUUUAUCUGAACGAGCUCAAGCAGCUCGAGGUAUUCAAUUUCUCUGUCUUGAAUCCCAGUCUGAGCAAAAAGGUUGAAUUCGAAUCUGAAUUUUACCUGCCUCCUAAACUGAGGAAGCUGAGUUUAAGUGGCUGCGGACUUCCUUGGGAAGCAAUGGGAUUUAUCGCGGAUCUGGAAGAUCUUGAAGUCUUGAAACUGCGAGAGCUUGCUUUCAAUGGCGAUGAAUGGUGCCUACUAGAUGACCAUGUGUUUGAGAAGCUGAAGUUCUUGAUGGUCGAGUACCUCAAUUUCAAGACGUGGAACGCUGAUCACACCCACUUUCCGGGGCUGGAGCAACUUUACCUCAGGCAUUGCUAUGAUUUGGAGGAGAUCCCGUCAGAUAUUGGAUUCAUAGGACCCCUCAAGCUGAUCGAACUGGUGGACUGCGGUCCAGCUGCUGUGGAAUCGGCAGAGGUGAUUAAGCAGGAACAGGAGGUGGACUAUGCGAAGAUGGACUUUCAAGUUCGCAUCUAUUCUUCUUAUGAAUAGACACUGAGGCUUGAGUGAUCGAGCCAGAGCCUUAAGUCUUACCAAGUGUGAGUGUGUUCCAGUGUCCUAGUUUUGUUUAUAUGUUUAUAUUGGAAAUGCCUUGUACCAUCAUCAAACUCAAAAUGAUGGGUUGAAUUAUUAUACCAUGUUUGUUUCCAUUUCAGCA